AUGCGAACAAAAAGACAAAAAUUGAGUAAACCGGUGAAUAAUUACCUCAAACAAGAACAUAUUGAAUACAGACGACGCAUUAAUGCACCACCACCAAAAAGUACGGAACCUAUUGCAACGUUCCGGAUUGAUUGUGAUCCGAUCGUAUCGUUUUCUCUAAGCGAAGAGAAAACAAGUGUUUGUGUUGGGACACUUCCCGGAUGCAAUGAAGGUAGAAUCUUUGUUGGUGAAGACUAUAUGAUCGGUAAAAUACAUUGUCAGUUUGUGAUAGUGAAAAGAGAUCCUGUAGUUGAAGGAUGCAACUAUAUAACAUAUGUCCGAGACCUUUCAUUUAAUUCGUCAACUUUCGUUAACGAUAAAAGAAUUGGGCUCGGUAACUCGAAGCCAUUAAGCAGAAAAGAUGUGAUACGAAUUGGUGAACUUCCGAAUAAAUUCAUAUCUAUUAAAUAUACUGAUAGUGAAUAUCUCAAUGUUCAAGAAAAAAUAAAUCAAAAAUAUAAAAUACCAGAAUCUAUUUAUCAAGUUAGAUCAGUAGAAGAUUCUCUUGGAAAGGGUGCUCACGGUAUAGUCUUGAAAGGACUCAACACCACAAAUAAUGAAGACGUCGCUUGUAAAUAUAUGUUUCGAGAAAGCACGCGAUCAGAAUUAUAUGAUCGUAUAUCUGAAGAAGUCACCAUUCUCGGUAAAUUAGAACACAAAAACAUUGUGAAAUUUUAUGAUUUUUUUAAAGGCCCCGAACAUACAAUCAUUGUUUUAGAACUUCUGGACGGUGGAAGCUUAUCAUCUUUGAUUAAUAAACAACAAAUUAAAUUUGAUGUUUGGACUGACUUUGCGCAUCAAAUUUGCGAUGCUAUCCAAUAUAUGCAUGAUAAUGGUUAUAUGCAUCGAGAUAUUAAGGCUUCAAAUAUUAUGUUGGAUAAAUCUCAUAAGACUGUCAAACUUAUUGAUUUCGGUUUAGCAAAAUCUUUUAUCAAAGCUGAACAUUCACGCGAUCCUAUUGAGCACACAUUAAUAGGUUCACCUGCUUAUAUGGCUUACGAAAUUGCCAAAGAACUAGUCGACGGUAAAAGAGAAUGCCAUUUCACUUGCGCUGUUGAUAUGUGGUCUUUUGGAAUACUUAAUUAUCACGCGUUGACAGGAAGUUUACCUUUUAUGGAUGAAAAUGAUCCAGAUGAUUUGAUACUUGGGAGGAUAAUUUCUGACGAUUUAAACUACUCUCGAUUACGAGAAUUAAAUCUUCAAUGUGCAGUUGAAUUCAUCUCGGGGUUAUGUUGUAAAGAUCCAAAUUCUCGAUUAACAGCGAAACAAGCGAUGAAUCAUGUUUUCUUUCAGAGUUUAAAAAAUAAUGAUAAACGUCAAGGCACUCUUUCUUGA